ACUGAGAUCUAGUAUAGUGGAAUCAUCUUUUAAUCUUGAAGGUUUCUCAAACUAAAGACAUGUGUAAGGGACUCUCCUCCCUGCCCUCCUCAUGCCUGGAGAGGGCAAAAGGGAUGCGGGUGAAGUUGAGCCAUCUGGCAGAAACACACCACAAGCAAAAGGGUCAGGAUGGAAGAGCUCUUCAGGAUUUGGAAACUCUGCUUAACCACAAAACCGCUCUGCAGGCGUUUCGUGGAUUCCUUCGCUCAGAGUUCAGUGAAGAGAACCUGGAGUUCUGGUUGGCCUGUGAGGACUAUAAGGUUUCUGCUUCACACCUGCAGAAGAGCAAGGGUGGCAUCAUCUACAGCCAGUUCAUCAGCCCAGACUCCCCUCAGGAGGUUAACCUGGAUGCUGAGACCCGGGAGGCUCUGCUAAGUGUGAUGGACUCUCUGUGUGCAAACACUUUCAACAUGGCUCAACAGAGGAUCUUUAAUUUGAUGGCCAAAGACUCGUUCCCCAGGUUCCUGCGCUCAGUUCAGCGCACAGAGGUCAUUAAAGCUAUUUAAGCAUGCUCUGUGUAUCGUGGUAGACCUGCUUUAGAGAACAUGCUGAUGAAUCUGUGCUGCUAGACAUGUUGAUUGUAUCUGACCUGUUGUUUAACAAGUAGCUACUUCUUUUGAUUAUGUAACUGUCCUUAUGCUCUGUAGGCAUGAUGCAUGUUGUUAUUGUCAUUACUGUGAGAUGUAGGCAUAGUUAGAAGCCUCUUUAAAACCUCUUGUAAGCUUUAUUGUGGAAUCUGCAUUAGACUGCAUCUCUAGUGUAUAAAAGCAAUUAUUGAGACAGGUAUCAAAUAAAAA